AUGUUGGUUUUGCUCCCCAUGCCUCAUGCCACUCAUGCUGAGCUGAAAGACCAUCUGUUUCGCUGCCCUUUCGAGGUAUUUUGGGGCUUAAUUUUCGAACCUAAACGAAAGGGGGCAAUCUCCUCAGUCCGCCUUUUGCAGCAGCCCAGCCCGUUAGCUGCAGGAAGAAAAGGUCCCCUACAUAAAUUGGCGACUCUGCUGGGGAUUAAGCCAUUAUCUUCAUCAAUGCCUCCAAGAAAGAAGAACAGAAGCAACAACAUAACUUCCCAGGAUGGGCCAAGCCAUGCUGACUCAGAGUCAAGGCAACAUGCCUCUUCUAGAGAGGAAGAACGUGCAAGUGAGGGAACUUUUACCCUCACAGAUCUUGUUGCAGCCAUUCGUGCUAUGGGUGAGACCCAGAGGGAGAUGGCAGAGAUGAUAAAAGAACUCAAAAAUUCGGCUCCAAAGCCAAGUGAAGUGAAUGAGAAGCACCCACAGGAGGAAUCUGCUGCUGCCGGAAAGGAGUCUGAGCAGAAGGGACCAUCUUUUGUCACUCAGGAGGACGUUGUUGCCAUGCUGGAAAAGGAGCUGAGCCGAAGUCAGGAAGAUUGGAAGUAUCUUCCUAAGCCGCCGUAUCCGUCAAGCUUACUCCAGCAGCCAUAUCCUAAAGGCUAUGAAGCACCGACCUUUGUCCUUUUUGAUGGACGAAAGGGGAGCCCGAAGGAGCAUGUCAAUCGCUUCAUCGAUGCCUUGGGACCGUAUGCUGGUGAUCAUAAUCUUCGACUUAGAGAAUUUUCAAAGAGUCUCACCGAUCGUGCUUACACAUGGUAUACAACGUUGGCACCAGGCUCUAUUCAUUCCUGGGAAAGUCUGGCAAGCAGGUUCUGUAAGAAGUAUUUCCAGCAUGAAGAACGAGUCACCACCACUCAACUCAACAACACUCGCCAAAAGCAUGGUGAGGAUCCUGUGGACUUUGUACGCAGGUUCCGGGACCUGGCAUUGGAUUGCUAUGAUGAGAAAGACGAGGAGGCGCUUGUUGAAAUUUGCAUCAGCAAUAUCGUGGCAGAUUAUAGAGUGUAUUUGGAGAAUAUUGGCAUUAGUCAAUUUUCUCGGCUGCUGGAAGCUGUGAGGAAGACGAGCAUGUCCGUCAAGCCACCAGGACAAAGGACUUGGAGGAAUGAGAAGAAGGAAGCGCAUCAGGCAUUAGCAAUAGAUGACAAGCCAUCCAACGACUACAAUUCACGCAAACGGAAGGAUAGAGAGACGUAUCCACCACUACCAUGCAAAGAUGAAGAAUUUCAUGCUAUCCUUGACACAAUGAUUGCUGAUGGCGUAAUCAAACCUGUCAGACCCUACAAGGUUCCUACUCGAGAGGAAAAGAACGAUCCUAGGUACUGCCGUUAUCAUCAAUUUGUGGGGCAUCCAACCACUGCCUGUCAGAGUCUGAGGAGGAUUUUACACGCCAAAAUACAUGAGGGAGUCCUUGAACUUCCCUUUAGGAAGCAAACGAUUGAUGAAGACCCCUUGCCAAAACGAAGGGGAAAUGAGGUAGCCGCUGUCAUUACAUGUUCUGAUGAUUUGCUUGAUGAUGAUGAAUUGUGCCACCCUUGGAGGAAUGACCCAAAGCCGCCGGAAGCCGUAUGGGAACCUUGCGGAAACAUGGAAAAAGCAUAUUGGUGUAAAUAUUCGAGGCCUUCAAGUUACAACACACCAUGGCCACUCGCUGAUGGAUGGGGUGACAACUCAGGCAGCGAAAUUUUUGUUUUGGACAUGCCGGAAGAACGCUACUCGGGGGCUUUAUCGGAGCAGCAGGAAGCAGCUGCCGUGACAUUUCACAAUAUCACGGAAGCUGAAACAAGUGUGAUGGAACGUUAUUUAAGCAUGAAACAGGGGCCCACAGCUUCACAGGUCCUUCAAAGAAACCCAAAGUUCAAAUCACUCUUUGACCAACUUGGCUUCGGGCCUCAAGCAAGAGAAGCAGCUGCUGUAGCCCUGAUGAAUAUCUUUGAGGAGUCUAAUUCUCAAUGCUUUACAACUCAACCACAAGGGUCAUUCUUGGGAAAUGACAAUGCUAUUGUCUUUACGGACGAAGACAUGGAAGUUCCAUACCCGGACCAUAGGAGGCCGCUUUACUUGGAGGGACAAAUCAAUGAUGUGUUCAUAAGGAGAGCGUUGGUGGACACGGGUUCCUCUGUCAACAUAUUACCUCUGUCUGUGCUUACGGCAGCUGGUAUCCCAUUGUCCAAAAUUGUCCAAUCACAAACAAACAUCAAUGGUUUCGGGAAUAAGAGUGAGGUCACAGUCGGGCAUCUACAAGUACAUUUGAAGGUUGGGCCAAUUCGGUCACUUACUAAGUUCUAUGUUGUGGAUGUGGAUAUGGCUUACCAUGCUUUGCUUGGAAGGCCAUGGCUCAACAAGCAUAAGCUUGUGGUCUCUACCUAUCACCAAUGCGUAAAAGGAAGGAUUGGGCUGAGGCCGCUACGCAUACCUGGAAACCAAGCACCUUUCAACAAAGAUGAAGCUCACUACUCUGAGGCGGAAUUCUACACUGAAUGCACAGGUGCUGGAAGCAAUCCAUCCAAAGAUUUCGGGACCUACCUUCCUUCGUGGACUGAAAUUCGUGAUUUAAGCAAUGAGGAGCUCAUCACCAUUGUUGAUCGAGAGAGAAAGAGGCACUCGGAAGUCAACAACCAUGCCUAUGAUCAUCCCCAAUGCUCAAAGUUGUGGGAGUUCCACAACAAGGCACCCAUGCCUUGUGCUUUCCAAGAACCGAUGGCAGCACCCAGACACAUGCAAGAUGGGUCGGCAGCAGUAGCUAAGCAGCUGGAAACAAUUGAUUUGAGUGAGGAUCCCUCUGCCCCGAGGCCCAUUCUCAUAAGUGUUCAUUUAACAAGUGAGGAGAGGGUGGCCUUGGUAUCUUUGCUAAAGGAAUUUCGAGAUGUGUUCGCUUGGAGCUAUGAGGAGAUGCCUGGCUUAAACCCAAGCUUAGUAAGUCAUACUCUGAAUAUUGAGCUUGGUACAAAACCUAUCGUGCAGGCAAGAAGGAAUUUUCAUCCUGAAGUUGAGAAGCAAAUCAAGGUGGAAAUUGAGAAGUUGUUAGCUGCCGGAUUUAUUAAGCCAAUCAAGCAUCCUACGUGGCUAGCAAAUAUUGUCCCUGUGAAAAAGAAAACCGGUGUGAUCAGAAUAUGCACGGAUUAUCGAGACCUCAACCGAGCUUGCCCAAAGGACGAGUUCCCGCUGCCUAACAUGGAUAUCUUAAUUGAUUCGACCUCGGGUCAAGGCUUGUUGUCAUUCAUGGAUGGGUUUAGUGGCUACAAUCAGAUCAAGAUGUCUCCCAAGGAUGCCGAGAAGACAGCCUUUCGAACACCGUAUGGGAAUUUUUAUUAUACGGUCAUGCCAUUCGGCCUCAAAAAUGCUGGCGCCACCUACCAAAGAGCCAUGACAGCGGUGUUUCACGACAUGAUGGGAAAAGAAGUCGAAGAUUAUGUGGAUGACCUUGUGGUGAAGUCCAAAACCAGAGAAGGCCAUCAAGAAGUUUUAAGAAGAGUGCUGGAAAGGUGUCGGCUGUACGGUUUGAAGAUGAAUCCAAAGAAGUGUGCGUUCGGGGUUUCAUCCGGUAAAUUCUUGGGGUUUCAAGUACACCAGCGUGGCAUAGACGUGGAUCCUGAAAAGACUAAAGCCAUAAAUUCUCUUGCACCGCCUAAAAACCCAAAAGAAUUGAAAAGCUUUAUGGGAAGAUUAUCGUAUAUUCGGCGCUUUAUCCCAGGUCUUGCUGCCACCAUGAGUGCUUUUACUCCAUUCAAGAAAGGCAAGCCGUAUGAAUGGAGUGAGAAGUGCCAAAAAGCUUACAAGAAGGUGCAACAAAUAAUCACCAAGCUGCCCACUAUGAAAGCACCUAUUCCGGGGCUUCCUCUCAAGCUUUAUUUGGCUGCAACAAACACAGCGGUUGGUGCCUUACUUGCUCAAGAUGAUCACAGUGGGGAAGAAAGUCCUAUUUAUUACGUAAGUAGGCAACUAAGGGGAUCUGAAGUAAGAUAUCCAAAAACUAAACUCUUGUGCCUUGCUCUUGUUUAUGCUGCACAGCGCUUGCGGCAUUACUUCCUUGCUCACAAGCUACAUCUCAUGGUGAAGUCCGAUCCCGUAAGAUAUUUGCUUACAAGGCUGGUAUUAUCCAGACGCCUUGCACGUUGGUUGCUACAACUGUCCGAGUUUGAUAUCACCUGCACCACCCCAAAAGCUAUUAAAGGGCAGGCCGUGAUUGACAUGUUGGCUCUAUUUCCCGAAGUUGAAGAAUCAACAAUCUCUAAGGAAGUUCUGGGAGAGCUGCCGGAAACGGUUGCUGUUGUCACAGAGGUAGAACCAUGGACCCUCUACUUCAAUGGGUCUUCUACAUCGAAGGGUGGAGGGGCAGGUGUGGUGCUUGUCAAUCCCGAGGGGCAAACCACGGCCCUCUCGUUUAAGCUAAAUUUCCCAUGCACAAAUAAUACGGCAGAGUACAAAGCUUUUAUUGCAGGAAUGUCUACAGCAAGGGAAAUGGGUGUCGAAAGAAUUAAAAUUAUUGGGGAUUCAAACUUGGUGCUGAGUCAAUUACAAGGAAAUUUCGCCGUGAAGGAACCAGCAUUGGCACCAUAUCGUACAGCUGCUGAAAGGCUUGUUCGUUCGUUCAAACAGGUUGUGUUGGAACAUAUCCCGGGAGUCACUAAUAGAUAUGCUGAUGCGUUGGCCACUUUGGGGUCGAGGCUCUCAUUUAUUGAAGAACAGCCCAAUAUUGCAGUAAUCAAGAAGGACACGCCAGUUGUUGAAGCAAUGGCUCAAGAGGAGCAGCUGGAAGAGGAUGACUGGAGGAAGCUUGUGAAAGAAAAAAUAGGCAAAGGAAGCGACAUCAAAGAAUUGAAGGAUUAUGCGAUCAUCUUUGGGGAACUGUACAGACGCCUUCCGGGAGGUAUUUUGACCCGCUGCAUAGGGAUAACAGAAGCACAGGAGAAGCUUCAAGAGGUACAUGAGGUUACUUGCAAUUUGGAGCCAAUAAUUAGCUUGUACCGGCGCCUACAGCGCAAGGGUUAUUACUGGCCAGAAAUGAGGAAACAAGCAGCUGAAAUACAAGCCAAUUGUCCCAAGUGUGCAAAGAUACCUUCCACCGAGGAAUCAUUCACCGUCUCGUUUGCGGAGGAUUGGAGGGCUCCAUACUUGGCAUCCUUCAUCAAUGGAGUCUUACCAACCAAUCCCAAGCAUGCACGCAAGCUCAAAAGGACAAUGAAAAGAUACUUCAUAGAUGGGUCAACUCUUUACCGUAAGGGGUUUAAUGGUGAGCCAUUAAAAUGCUUGGGAAAGUCAGAGGCACAACAAGUCAUGCAAGAGAUUCAUGCUGGAGAAUGUGGUGAACACCAAGGAAUGAAGAAGCUUUACCGGCAGCUGUUGAGUGUUGGGUAUUAUUGGCCUACAAUGAAGAAUGAUGCAUACGACUUUGUGAAGAGGUGUCACACAUGUCAAGUUCAUGCCAAUUUAAGUCAUAAGCCUCCCACGCUGCUGCAAGACAUGCGCACUCCUUGGCCCUUCCAUACUUGGGGGCUUGAUUUGAUCGGGACUAUCCAUCCACCAUCCGACAGCUACAUAUGGAUCCUCACGGCCACCGAAUAUUUCACAAAGUGUGUAGAAGCGGUUCCCUUGCGAAAGGCCACGGGAGCUGCCGUUGCCAAUUUCAUCCGUGAGAAUAUUGUAUGUAGAUUUGGGAUCCCAUACAAGAUUGUCACCGACAAUGGCACCCCGUUUGUCAAUAAGCAAGUAAGCUCGACACUUAGUGGUUAUGGUAUCAAGCAUCGUCGCUCCACGCCCUAUUAUCCACAAGGAAAUGGUCAAGCGGAAGCCACAAACAAGACUUUAUUGAGGAUCCUAAGCAAAAUGGUUUAUGAGUAUGAAGGAGGUUGGAGUGUUCACCUGCCGGAUGCUUUAUGGGCUUACCGCACCUCUUCAAGAAGUGCCACAGGUUUCUCGCCCUAUUCGCUUGUGUACGGGUCCGAUUCCAUUUCACCAGUAGAGAUUACCAUCCCCACUGCCAGAAUAGCAGCUGUUAACGACCUCGAAUGGGAUUCAAAAUCAUGCUCGGAAUGGCGCCUGUUGGACCUUGAAGCUUUGGAUGAAAAAAGAGCGGUAGCCGAGAAGAAGACAGCAUUGUACCACAGAACCGUAGCUCAAGCCUAUAACAGGACAGUCAAGCCUCACGCCUUCAAGCAAGGAGACCUCGUGCUAAAAGUUGCGGAGCAUGUGAGAAGACAGGUGUCGGGACCUUCCAAGUUUGCGCCACAAUGGGAAGGUCCGUUUCCAGUCAAAGAAGUUCACAGCAGCGGCUAUUAUCGCUUGGUCUCUGUCAAGGAAGGCACGCUGACCGACCCCGUCAAUGGGAAGUGGCUCAAGCUCUAUUACUGCUAA